ACUGACCUUUCUUUGAUGCUACUCGUGUGGUUGACGCAUGCGCGCAAGAUCAAUUAAGUUAAUCGGCCACUCGCUUUUUGUCAGGGUCAAACCUUUUUCAGAUUGGCAAUGCUCGCGUGAAUUUCUAAUAUUUACACGUAAGAAUUAAAUGUACGACCAUUAAAUGUAAAUUUGUGCGAUAAAACAUCUCUCACUGCAUGAAACAAUAUGCGUUCAAUUAUUAAGUGCUGCUCUCAUGCUUGAGACAACGUCUUGUUUGAUUUUGUUGCAGCAAAAAUUGCUCUGACCGCCGCAAUUUUUCAGAUGUUUUUUUUUCAUCCAAAUGCGUUUUAUAGGCUACUACUUUAAACUGACGUCACUAAAUGGAGGUAAUGCGUGCGCAUCGUACAGACCAGAUCAAUCAAUAAUGGAAUUUAACUGGCAAAAUAACACCCCUAAGGGGAUAACAAGACCCCCGAUCACGAUGAUCGAGGUUUAUUUUGCCAUCAAAACGAACACUCGGUCUCUUCUAUUCUAAUUCCAAUGACAUUAAUCUUACAACAGCGUUUCUAAUGUCACGUAAAGAAACAAAACCCUACAGGUGUGUAUGUCCUGCCAACAGAGAGGUGAAGUGGACAGAGGCAGUGGAUGAUUCUCCUGUAAGUGCGCUGUAAGUGAAGAAGCGCGUGCGCAGAACAGUAACAGCAGCAGACUGAGCAGGGUCCUUUCUGAUGCCGUCAAAGUGGCAAAGGCAUCAAAGUUAAUGGAAAAAAUGACUGAUUUAGAAGCCGCAAGGAAUUCUACAAAUAUCUCACAGUUGAGUAAAUCACAGAUGUACAUCAGUAAGUCUCUGGAUUGAGCUGAGGAAGAGAGUCGCCCACACGGUAGCGCUCAGCUGCAGAGCUGGUGAUCAUGGCGGGCACGGUCAUGCUGGCAUAUUACUUCGAGUAUACGGACACGUUCAACGUGCACGUGCAGGGCUUCUUCUGCUACGAGACCGCGUACACGAAACCCUACCUCGGACCCGAGGACACGAGCGCCAUCCCGCCCGCCCUGCUGUACGCGGUGGUCACUGGAGUCCCCACAUUGCUGAUCACCGUGACAGAAACUGUGUUGUUCUUGAUACAGUACACAUCAAAAGAUCUUGACAGUCGAGAGAAGACCAUGGUGACUGGGGACUGCUGUUACCUCAACCCAUUAGUGCGGAGGACUUUCCGUUUCCUUGGUGUAUACAUGUUUGGUCUUUUCACCACAGACAUCUUCGUGAAUGCUGGUCAGGUGGUAACGGGGAAUCUGGCCCCUCAUUUCCUGACAGUAUGUAAGCCCAAUUUCACAGCUCUGGGUUGCCAGCAAGCUCUACGCUAUAUCAGCCAUCAGGAAGCCUGCACUGGCAACGAGGAUGACAUUCUGCGUGCCCGCAAGACCUUCCCUUCCAAAGAGGCGGCGCUCAGCGUGUACGCCGCUGUCUAUAUGGCUAUGUACAUUACAUUUACAGUGAAAGCCAAAGGAACUCGUCUGGCUAAACCAGUCAUGUCUUUGGGUCUGAUGUGCCUGGCCUUUCUAACGGGUAUUAACAGGGUUGCGGAGUAUCGAAACCACUGGUCUGACGUCAUCGCCGGGUUUAUCAUCGGUGUGGCCAUCGCCACCUUUCUAGUGGUGUGUGUGGUCCAUAACUUCAAAGGAAAACAACUGCUGAAUGAGGAUCCCCCACAGGACCACCUAAGUGACAAUCCAAUGGUCAGCUCGCCCAGGGUUGAGAGUCCGUUGGAGAAAUACAUCGCCUCACAGAAUCACAUCGCCUUCGCUGAGAUCACGUGACCUUGAGUCGGCGGUGUGGCAGACACACUGGACAUCCACGCUGUUUACCGUCCAGUCCCGAUAGUCACGGCUCAACGCUAACGCAGUGGUCAUAUUCUCUAUGGUGUCGUUUUGGAUCGCUCUGCCCAUGCUUUGUGUGUGUGGAAAUCUUGGUCCUGUCUACUAAUAACUGUUACCAUCACGCAACUAAUGACUGAAGCUUCACACUUCACAUUUCCCAGACUGGCUCCGUUGGUUUUAUUGCAGACCAAGCUCACAUCUAGAGCUCAGAAUAUCUCAGUUGCGCGUGUAUAUGGAGAGCGUGUUUGUCUGUGUUUAUAGGAUUUAUGGCAGGUUGAUGCGAAAACCUACCUAUGGAAUUAAAAAUGGACUUAACUUGUAUUUGUGGAUAUGUUUUUUCUUCGUCUGCAUAUAUUCCAGAAAGUGUUUAUUCCUAUAUGAAUUUGUUUCUUUUUAGAGCUUGCAUUGGAUGAGUGCAAACAUAUGGAAGCCUGUUUCCGCCUCAGAGUAAAAAAAGGUAAUUGUGACUUUAUUUCUUGGAAUUGUGACACUAUAUUUCACAAUGUGACUUUUGGUAACACUCUACUAAAUAUAUAUUUUACUGACUAUAAGUAACUUUGCAACUACAUGUCAACUAACCCUCAUUAGAGUAUUAGUAGACUGUCCACUUAAUAUCUGCUAACACUUUAUUGUGAUGGUUCCCCAACAGACAUUCUACUGACUAGAAGUAAUCCUAAGCCUAACACCUAACCCUUACCUAAAAGUCUACUAAUACUCUAAUGAGAGUUAGUUGACAUGUAGUUGCAAAGUUACUUAUAGUUAGUAGUUUGUGUAAAGUGUGACUGAAGUCACUCGACUUGAUAGUUCACAACUUUAUUUCUCUUAAUUGUGAUUUUCUCACAAUAUGACUAUUUCUCUUAAUUGCAACUUAAUAUCUCACAAUUCCGACUUUAUUUCUCAGAAUGUACUUUUUUUCACAAAAAGUUACUAUAUCUCACAACUGCAACGUUGUUAUAAUUGUGAUUUUGGUGACACUUUAGUUUAGGGUCCAGUUCUGACUAUUAACUAUGACUUUUGCCUCAAUAAACUCCUAAUUACUGCUUAUUAAUAGUAAGCUAGUUGUUAAGUUUAGGUAUUGGGUAGUAUUAAGGGAUGUAGUAUAAGGUCAUGCAGAAUAAGGCAUUAAUAUGUGCUUUAUAAGUACUAAUAAACAACCAAUAUCCUAGUAAUAUGCAUGCUAAUAAGCAACUACUUAAUAGUGAGAAUUGGACCCUAAAGUGUUACUGUGAUUUGAUAUCUCACAAUUGCAACUGUAUUUCACUGAAUUGUGACUUUUGUUCUCAAAUUGUGACUAAAGUCUCAAAUUGUGAUUUUUAAUAUCUCACAAUUGUGACUGAAGUCUCGUAAUUGUGAUUUUAAUAUCUUACAAUUUUUCGUAAUUGAAACUUUAUAUCUCACAACUUUUUUCUCAAAUUGUGACUACAUCACAAUUGCAACAUUUACUCAUAAUUUUGAUUUUUAUAUCUCACAUUGACUUUAUUUCUCUUAAUAUCUUUUAAUUGCAUCUAUAUUUCUCUUAAUUGUGAUUUUAUAUCUCACAAUGUGACUUUAUUUUUCAAAUUGUGACUUUAUUCUUGACGAUUACCUUUUAUUUUUUACUCCGAGGUGGAAUCGUGCUUCCAUACAUGCGUAAAUACACUGUGUCCACAAAAAUAAGGCAGAAAAUAAGCUAAAAAUACUUGUUGAAAGCUCACAUGAAACAUACCAAAGCUCAGAUGAACUCAAGUACUCACCUACUGUACUGGCAGCAAAAAAGCAGUUCCAGAUCCAUUGGUUAGGUCAUUUAUGAGCCAGCUUUACCCAGUGGCCAAUGAACAUUCACAGUAAAGCUGGGUUUAAACCCUAAUCACCCAGCUGUGAAAGACAGAUCAUCUGCUAAGACAAUCACCAGCCAUCUCACUAGAAUAAUGAGUCAGUCCAUUUAACCAGUGCUUGACAUAAUGAUACUCACAUAGGCAUUUGUUUCACACUGUUUUAAUGGACAGCACAGCUUUCUCUGAUGAUAGAUAUGUUAAGGAAUGAAAGAUGUUAACGUAAAUGUUAAGGAAUUAAUCAGUCAGAAAGCCACCUCUUCUCCUGUGAUCUUUAAAAACGAACCACGAUACCUCAUGUGUAAAGUUGUGGAUAUAAAUUAGUCACCUACAUUAUUUUAUUUUGAAGAGAUGCAGUGCUGCGCUAAUUUAUGUUUCAGAUCUCUGGCCCUGUUUUUCAGUCAUGUUUCGGUGCAGUUUAAAGGAAUAUUCUGGGUUAUAUCUUUAGCUUAAUGUCUACGUCCAGCAUCGGUUUAAUGCUGUUGUCAAUUCGUAAAAUGUUUUUACAGUAAUACACUUACACAUCAAAAAUAUUAAGCGGCACAACUGUUUUCAACAUGAGUAAUAAUAAUAAAUGUUUCUUGAGCAGCAAAUCAGCAUAUUAGGAUGAUUUUUGAAGGAUCAUGUGACACUGAAGACUGGAGUAAUGAUGAAAAUUCAGCUUUCCAUCACAGGAAUAAAUUGUUUAAUAAAAAUAAAAUAAAAUAUAAAAUAAUAACAGCUAAUGCUAUCCCCAUAUACAGAUUAUGGUCUCACAAGCCCUUGAAGUAACCCAGAAUAUUCUUUUAAAGGUUUUAACCUUUUGGUGCUUGAUUAAAUAUAUGGUUCCCCUUGUCCUGCUGAUGUGACCAACCUUAAAAGAGCAAUAAUGUGUUUCUCCUUAUCUCAUUAGAAAAUUCCCAUUUGGCUUCCCCUCAAAUGGUAUGUAUUUUUUUUAUUGAUUAUAUAUACAUAUAUAAUAUAUUGGUGUGAUAAAUGGUAUAUUAUUACUAAAGCACUAAUCUCAGAAGUCUGGGAUAGCUGCAGUUCAAAAUGCAGAAAAAAAAAGGGAUAAAAAUGAUAAAUGAAAGCGAUUAGCGCUUGCAGCAGUAUUAAAAUGAAACAUGGUGUGUACAGUGUAAAUGCACAUGACUAUAAUUUUUGUCAGAGAUUAUCAAUGUUUAUUUUCUUAUGUUUGUGCUGUACAUGUAUGUGUGACUGGGGGUUUGUGGGUGUACAAUGGCAUACUGUAAGUACAUAUUGUACUGUAUUUAUCAUUGAUAUUCUUUGAAUCUUAGCUGUAGUAUCACACUGGUUUACUGUGUACCAAAUGGAUGUUUUUUAAUAGUGUUUAUAUUUAUUUUAUGUUCCGUUUUAUAGCUUGCAUCGACAUUUUGGUUGUUAAAAGCUUUUUUAACUUCUGAUUCCUAUAUUUUAUUCUCCCAUUCCACCUCGAAAAUUAUUCCUAAAUGGUUUAUUUGGAUACUCUAGAUGGAUUUUCUUACCAAAUCGAUGUGAAUCCAUCUCUUUUAGUCCGUUUAGGGCUUUGAAUUCAUGACCUUUUACACUGUAGAGACGAUGAAAUUUAAAGUUUGAAUAAAAAAAUAUAUAAAUAUG